AUCAUAAACUUUAGCGUCCAUAUAUGGAUUCAUAUGCGGUAAGGGGUUAAUACCAACCUUUUUUUUACCAACGUCAAAUUAUUAUCAUUUGACUUCAUCAUUCGCUUCGUGUCUGUAAUUUCGUAGGUUUGUUUCGUGAUUUGAAUACAAGAAAAAUGUCUUUAAAAAGUAUAUUCAGAACAGUGAGCAACUCUCGUAGUUAUUUACUAAGAUAUAAAAGUUUAGGUGCUAGUUUUAGCAAUUAUAGGAGUAUUGUGCCGUUAUCAACAAAUAUACCUAAUUUAAAGGAAGAAAAAGUAAAACUCACGUUUGUACUUUAUGAUGGAAAACGAAUUGAAACUGAAGCAAAAGUCGGUGACACAUUACUUGAUGUGGUUGUCAACAACAACCUAAAUAUAGAAGGUUACGGAGCCUGUGAAGGAACCCUUACUUGUUCAACAUGCCAUGUGAUAUUAAAACAGGAGGAUUUUGAUAGAUUACCAGAAGAGGCGAGUGACGAAGAACGAGACAUGCUUGACCUCGCUUACGGUCUCACUGACACAUCGAGACUCGGCUGCCAGAUCACAAUGACGAAGGACCUGGACGGACUCGAAGUGCAGGUCCCCGAGACAAUCAACGACGCUAGGAGUUGAUGCUGUGACGUAAUAAAUAACUUAUGACCACUUGUUGAUGAGGACUAUUGGACUUUAAUAUCGCUAGAGGCGCUUUAGUAUGUUUAAAAUGUUUAUCUGCCGCACUCUGAGACAUAAUUUAACUGAUGAUUGCAUAUGAAACAUUAGACAGUACUUAAGACGAUACGAAUAGUUUAUUUUUGGUUGAAAAAAAAACAUCUCUGAUAAUAUUUAAGGUUAUAUGUCGCCUCUGAGUGCAACAGUCAGUGAAUUAUGUUGGGAUCAAGAGCUUACUCGCCAGUGGCGCCGCCUGGUGUACAGAAAAAACAUAGUCCUCAUUGCAAUAGCGCAAAUUCCUCAACAACCAUUUAUAUCAUAGUUAAUUGACCUUUAAAAAUAGAAUACCAUGGAAGAUUAAUAUCUGCCAUAUACAGGAUGUGAACCUGGAAAAUUUCCAACUAUUAUGACUGAUUAUUGAAUUACUGUUACAUUACAAAGUUUUAUUUCAACUAUAUAUUUAUAUAACAUAUCUUCACUUCGAUUCUUUGCGGGUAGAUAGAAAAUAUGGAAUGCUAAAAAGCACG